AUGGGUCGUAGUGUCGUGCCUGAAAUGCAAACAUUGCCUCAGAUAUCAUCAAAAUAUUUAUAUUGUUUCGAUAAAGAGGCUAAUUUACAAUGGAGCCAACCAUAUAGCAAAGUAAAAGCUGUGUGUAUCAAACUGGAUGAAUUGAUCGAUAUAAUUCGAGCCGAUCAAAAUAAUCUAGGCAAAAACGAAGAAGUUCUGGCAAUGGACAUUUUAGAUUGA